AUGGCACGCCUUGCAUGUGUAUCUGUUCCGACCAUUUUUAUAUUCCUCAGCGUGGCGUUCACUUCCCUGAGGCCACUCGAUACAGAUCGCCUUGCGGGAGGCGACAACUCGAUACACGCACCUCAUCUGGUUUUUGGCACUGCGAAGAUUCGCGGGCCGCUGGCGCGAGCCGCCCGACGGGGUAUCACCCAGCUCGGUCGCAAUGUCACUAAAUCGGUACGCCGGAUUGGGCGACGCGCAGGCCUUCGCAUUCUGCAGGAAGAACGCGAACCCGAGGUCGACUCGCGGCCUCUCGCUCACGGGAAACCGACAGCCGCUGUUGCGCCAGCAGAGGGCUUCUUGGGGAAAGGCAGGAGCAAGCAUCACAAAAGCCGUCCACUGUCGUCCCAUAAAGGCAAGGACGCCACUGUGCCAGAUUCAUCCUCAUCUACUGCGCACCACAUGCCGACACACGUAUCUGCCCUGGAGCACGCGCACCACCACGAAACAGCAAAGGUGAUAAAGAAGCAGCGCCCCCGUUACAUUGGACAAACAACAGUUAUUGUAGACAAGGACGCGCGUGCUAGCAAGGAUGGGGGAAUCUCUCGGCCGCCCCGCAAACUUCAGACGGUAUACACUCCCAUCAAGACGCCUGCAUCAGUCACACCCGUCCAGUCCGCUUCGUAUCCCUCGGCAGCAGGCCCUUCAGAUUUCGCUCGAAGAGUUCUGGGGUACUCACAACAAAUGCAGGGACCCGCGCAAAAUGGAGCGGUCUUUCCAGUCUACGACGUGGUUGGCUCCGCUGCGUCUGUCGUCAACGGCAUGGGGCUCCCCUCGUAUUCUUCGAACCCGCCUGCUCCUUCGGGAACUGAUGUCUUCGCUCAGCGAGGGAUGCCCAGCUACGGUUACCCGAUUUUUCCACAGGAUGGAUUGACCAGCGUAGCAAACAGCCUGGUGCAGACGCUGGCAGCAGGUCCACAAAGUCUACUUCGGAGUCCGUCGGAUGCGCCGGUUGCAACCGACUUUUGGGGACUCGGCGAACUGGGCAACGUGAUAACGAGAAAUACCAACAAUCUACUACAAGCUGUGGGCAUUGGUGCUUUUGGUGGCUGGUGA